AUGGCCAAUAGCCUCUCUCGUCCUGAACAGCCUGCCCACAACUUCAAGCGCGUCGCAAUUCUGUUUUCCGGCGGUCCUGCACCAGCCGCGAAUGCGGUGAUCUCGACCGCGGCCGUCUCGUUUCUGCGUGCGGGAAUCGAAGUGCUGGGCGUCAUGAACGGCUACUCGAACUUGAUGCAGUUUGGCGACGACCGUCCGAUGGAAGAAGAUCGCGACUACAUCGUCCUCGAUCAUAAAGCCCUCAGCCGCAGCCGUGCCAAGCAAGGGAUUAUGAUCGGUACCGCACGAGCCAACCCUGGCAAAGCGAUCUCGCACCCUGAUCACUUGAAGGACAAGGAACGCUGCUCCGCGUUUCAGACCACUUACGACGCGUUGAACUCGCUGGGCGUCGACGCGCUGAUCUCGAUCGGUGGCGACGACACGCUGAAGACCGCCAACAAGUUCAAGAUGUUCCAAGACACGCUACCGGAAGGUAGCAAGAAGAUGCCGGUCGUUCACUUGCCUAAGACGAUCGACAACGACUACAACGGCAUCGACUUCACCUUCG